CUGUACCUGCACAUCACCUCGUCAGCUCCUCGACGUGAGAUCGGCGCUUCUUAGUGGACGGUUCAUCAGACAGUCAGCAAGCGCUUUCUACUAAAGCUGUAGGUUAAAUCGCUUUGUCUUAUCAUAUCACAGCAAGGACCCAGCAAGGACCCACUAUACCUCCUGGUGACACGCCAACUCUGAAUAUGCUGAGCAAGACAGUCACUCUCUCAAACUCUGUUGAAAGCUCCGUCGUGGCAAAGACUGGCCAAGGCCUCAUGAUGAUGACUUGGAAGCAAAACCCGGACCCGGAUGAACAAUGCUUUGAAUCGAUGAAGGCCGGCAUGGACUUGCUCCCUCCGGGCGCGAAAAUGUUCCUCAAUAGCGCUGAAUUCUACGGGAUAAAUCCUCCUACCGCGAACCUCGAGCUCUUAGCACGCUUCUUUGAGAAGUAUCCUGAGUAUGUCGACAAGGCGUUUUUGUCUGUAAAGACUGGUGUUUCCUACGGUGGAUCGGCCGCUACCUUAGAGCAGAAUAUUAGACGAAGGGUCGACGCUAUCAAUGACAAGCUUCGUGGAACAAAGAAGAUCGAUCUGUUCGAAUCAGCCCGUCCGGUCCAAGGAGUGCCGAUCGAAUUGACCACCAGAAUCUUCGGCAAACUUAUUCAGGAGGGAAAAUUCGGCCACAUUGGGUUGUCGGAAGUUCUCGAUUCUCGUAUUAUUCGACAGGCACAUUCGACGUUCCCUAUAACUGCUCUUGAAGUAGAGGUUAGUCCCUGGUCGUAUGGUCAGGAUGUACAGGAAGUCAUCGCCACCUGUGAAGAACUGGGCAUUGCCAUUGUUGCGCACUCACCGCUCGGCCACGGAUUCCUCACCGGAAAAUGGAAGAAGUAUGAGGACAUGGCGAACGAAGUCACUGACGUUCGGAAAGAUCUCGCUCGCUUCCAGAAAGAGAACUUCGAGCACAACCUUGCCAUAUCGAACGCCAUCGCUCCCAUUGCUGCGAAGAAGAACGUCACAGCCGCUCAACUGUGUAUCGCAUGGGUGGCGUCGAGGAGCAGUAAAGUCAUUCCCCUUCCCGGGUCCGCGAAAGCGGCACGAACCAUCGAAAAUGCCGCCAGUGGGGACAUCGAGCUGUCUGAGGAAGAGCUAUCCGCCAUUAACAGAGUGGUAACGAUGCAUAUAGCUAAGGGAGGGAGGUACUUCUGAUUGGUUCAAGCACAAACGGGCGAACGGAUCCAGCCGUCGAAGGCCGCUCUUUGCCUACGUUUGCUGCUUGUUCUCAUCUAACCAACAUCUGAGCGAGAAUGAUCUUCUUGCUAUUCGGCAUGUACCUGAGAUUUGUGGCCACAUUUCCUUUACUGCUGCCGUACUGUUCUAUGUACUGCACUUGAG